AAAACGAUAGGACAUGGAAGGCACUACUGAGAUAUGGCCUGCUGGGGACAUGCUAUCCACGUUCCAUGGUGAUCAAGCUGUAUCUCCUUCUUAAGAGCUUCAACCCGUCUUCUAAUCAUUACAGUUUUCAUUCUCAAUCACAAUGGCAUUCCUUCAUUCUGAUGAAUUCUUCUGCUCAGACCAUCCUGUGGCAGAGGAAGCCUACACCCAACUCGCAGCUGUCUUUACGCAGGUCAGAAAACAGAAUCAGUCGGAGUUCUUUACCAUAGAGAAACCUCAAGUGCCAAUGGAGGAAAGUCUGCAGAAAGAAAGGCAAAUUUCUGUGGAUCCGGUAUCCAUGAAAGAAUCCAGAAAGGCACCUAUUUUGAUCGAAUCACCCAAAAAAGAGUCCCGAAUGAUGCUACCUGUAAUCGAUUCUCCAAAAGAUUACGGUAUGCCUCCUCUGCCUCUCCCGCCUGGAAAAUCCAGGUUCUUGAGCUAUAGCCUCCCAGGUUCUGCUGCUUCAUCGCCUAAAUUCAGCUCAGCUAUACCGAAGAAGAAGCCCCAUGGUCAAGCAUUGAAGUCUGUCGCUCGUCAACAUUCUGUUGCACUAUCUAAUCUUGCUCAGCUGCGUGAGAAACACUUUGAAAGGAGCAAGUCUUGUGGUGAAACCAGAAUCUCUGCAGUAAACGAUGAAUUUGAUCUUUGGUUAACUGACGCGAACAGCAGGCGCUACAGCUUUCCUUCAAGUACUGAAACAAGAAAUGAUCAGCAUCAUGGGAGGCAAAUUAUGCUGGAUUCUAACGACGAUGACAACUUCAAAUGCGGGGCGAUGUGCUUGUUCUUGCCGAGCUUUGGCAAGGGAAAACCAGUGAGAUCACGAAAGGAGUUGCCAGAAAAGCCCCAUGUGAUCUCCAGGAGUGUUUCUCUGGAGAAAUUUGAAUGUGCAUCUUGGUCUUCAUCAGCCCUCAUGCAUGACAAUGGUAACGGCGAUUCUUCCAAAUUCUUUGACCUGCCAUUGGAGCUGAUUCAGUGCAGUGAAAACGACGCGAAUUUGCCAGUGAGAGCAGCUUUCGUGUUUGAGAAGGAUCGGAAGGGCAUUAUGAAGAAUGUUGCAUCAAGAGGGACAGGCAGAAAGUCCCAUGAAUCAUCUCGCAAUGUUCGUUUUUCGAGUGCAUCCCAGGCUCCUCAGCAGCCAACUUCAGCAGCACCAUCACCCUGCAUUACUCCUAGAUUACUGAAGGCUAGGGAGGAUUUUAAUGCCUUCUUAGAAGCACAGAGUGCCUAGUGCAUUACCAAUGGACUAUAACUUGAUCAAAUGUAUAAUCAAUGUCAGGGGGGAUCUAGAAGUAAUUUCUUCGGAAAAAAAUUGUAGGAUGUCCCCGUGCCUUUUGCUAAAUGUCUGUCUAUUUGCGUGCAGCAAAGAUUUAAAAGUGU